AUGACAGAUCAGUCCAAGAAAAGACGCGCAGCCGUAACUGCCACGACAGGCUCGGACAGCAAGCGACCCCGCCGUGCAAAGCCUGAAGAUAGCGACUCGGAUGAGCCCAUCGCGCUCGACCAGAUCCCCCCUCACCCCCCAUCUCCACCGCUGCCGAGAUCUACCCGCGCCACCGCUCCGGCCCCAGCUGCGCGCCGAGUCGCUCCCCCACUGAUAUCCACCGGGUCCAUAGUAGCGACCUACUCGCCCUGCAUCCGGUGCGUCAAGAAAUGGACCGAGGAUGACUCGACCAUAUGCCACCGCGACGCUGCCCUCGGGAAGUGCCGUUCCUGCAGCAGAGCCGGGGUGGAAUGCAGCAGGCUUCCCCCUCCCUUUUACGGCCCGUUCUCAGCGGCCCAGAAACUUACUGGUCGUGCGCGACGGAGAGCAUGCGUUGGGAUGAAGAACGCUCUGGAGGCGUAUGAGCGUAAGAAUGACGAGGGGACACCUACUAGGGAAAAUGCUUCGGCAAAGAAGGAAGAGGACAAGCUGGCGGCCAAGGGAUGGGUGAUAUGUUGA